AUGGAACCCCUCUUUCAGGCUGGGUCCAUUCUCAUGAAGGUGAAUACCUUACAAGGGAAGAAAAUGGUGGAGAGUGGCCUCCAAUCUGGAGACUUUACCCUCUCCCAGUCAUGGCCCUCCUGCGUCCCACCGCUGGACGACUUGGAGACCCUGCAGCAGAAGGUGGACGGGGUGCAGCGAGAGCUGGAGGACUUCAAGGAGGAGGCCCUCAAGGCCAUCCAUUACCUGGAAAACGCCUUCUGCGAGAUGAACGGGGUCCUGGCGCAGCAGGAAGAGCAGGCGGCGCGCGUGAAGCAGCGGCUGAGGGAGGAGGAGGACCGUGGCAUCGUGCGCAACAAGGUUCUCACCUUCCUGCUGCCUCGAGAGAAGCAGCUCCGGGAGCACUGCAAGCGGCUGGAGGACCUGCUGCUGCGCAGGGGCAGGACCAGGACCACCAAGCUUCCUGAGCCGUGCCGGCCACGUGCUGAGUAG